CAAUCAGAGCGGGUCGUGCGGAUGGGCCAAGCGGCCGUACCAUGUGGAGAGAGGGAGGGGGAGGCUUUAUGUUAAAGGAGUGCAGUUGCUUCCUCCUCGGGUGACUUUCCUUCUACUGUUGGAUCUGGAGGGAGAGGAGCUUCGCUGUCGCGGCAGGGUGUGGGGUAGGGUGUGCGCGGCCUGGAUUUCAGCUCGCUGCCAGCUGCGGGGUAACAUUGUAACCGAGGGGAUACUUUUGUAACCAAAAAGGGGGCGGAGGGCGCUACGUUGACACAGCGAUAGCCGGCGAAGAUGUCGAAGGAAGAGGUGGUUAGCGAGGUCAUUGUGGAGUCUAAAGUGAUGUGGUACCCCGACUCCAAGAGGAACACACACAUGGACCGAUUCAGGAACCUGAUCAACGACAAGUUCGGUCUCCAGUUGGCCAGUUAUAAUGAGUUGUAUCAUUGGUCAGUUGAGAACUACCCGGAGUUUUGGGCAGAAUUUUGGAAAUUUAGUGGAUUGGUUUACUCUCAACAUUACAGUGAGGUGGUUGACAGGACAAAAGGAAUUGCAGAUGUUCCUGAGUGGUUCAAAGGAAGCAGAUUAAACUAUGCAGAAAAUCUUCUGAAGCAUAAAGAUGAUGACAAAGUGGCUCUUUACGCGGCAUCAGAAGGUAAAGAGGAGAUUGUCAAAAUGACAUUCAAGGAACUAAAGAGAGAUGUGGCUUUGUAUGCAGCAGCACUCCGAAAGUUGGGAGUGAAAAUGGGUGACAGAGUUGUUGGUUAUCUGCCGAACGGUAUUCAUGCUGUUGAAGCAAUGUUAGCAACAGCCAGCAUUGGAGCCAUUUGGAGUGCGACUGCUCCAGAUUUUGGUGUAAAUGGUGUACUGGACAGGAUCUCUCAAAUCCAGCCCAAACUCAUUUUUUCAGUUGAAGCAGUUAUUUACAAUGGUAAAGAACAUGAUCACAUGGAGAAGCUGCAGAAUGUAGUGAAAGGUUUACCAGACUUGAAGAAGGUUAUAGUAAUUCCAUACGUACGAUCAAAAGAGACCAUAGACCUUUCCAGGAUACCAAACAGCAUGUUUCUGAAUGAUUUCCUUUCGACUGGUAAGGAAGGAGACCAUGGCCCACAGCUGGAGUUUGAGCAGCUGCCAUUCAACCAUCCACUCUUUAUUAUGUAUUCUUCAGGCACAACAGGGGCACCAAAAUGUAUGGUACAUUCAGCUGGGGGCACGCUCAUCCAGCAUCUAAAGGAGCACAUUCUCCAUGGCAACAUGAGCAGCAGUGAUGUCAUUAUCUACUACUCUACAACUGGCUGGAUGAUGUGGAACUGGCUUGUAUCAGCUCUUGCUACAGGAGCCUCCAUCGUCCUGUAUGAUGGCUCUCCACUUGUUCCUUCUCCAAAUGUGCUGUGGGACUUGGUUGACAAACUGGGAAUUACUAUACUUGGAACUGGUGCAAAAUGGCUGGCUGUUUUAGAAGAAAAAAAUCUGAAACCAGGCGAAACGCACAGUCUGCAGACUCUACAUACCAUUCUGUCAACUGGGUCUCCACUCAAACCUCUAACGUACGAUUAUGUCUACAAACACAUCAAGAACACUGUCUUGCUAGGAUCAAUCACAGGUGGUACAGACAUCAUUUCAUGUUUCAUGGGCCAGAACUUCACCAUCCCAGUCUACAGAGGAGAGAUACAAGCAAGAAAUCUAGGAAUGGGUGUGGAAAUUUGGAAUGACGAAAGGAAGGUUCUGUGGGGGGAAAGUGGAGAGUUGGUGUGCACUGUACCCAUUCCGUGUCAGCCUACACACUUCUGGAAUGAUGAAAAUGGCAUCAAAUAUCACAAGGCAUACUUUGCUAAAUUCCCAGGUGUUUGGGCCCAUGGUGACUAUGCCAAGAUAAACCCAAAGACUGGAGGAAUUGUAAUGCUUGGCCGAAGUGAUGGCACUUUGAAUCCAAAUGGAGUGAGAUUUGGAAGCUCUGAAAUCUACCACAUUGUUGAAGCCUUUGAGGAAGUUAUGGACAGUCUGUGUGUCCCACAGUACAACAAGGAUGGUGAAGAAAGAGUCAUUCUUUUCUUGAAAAUGGCCAACAAUCAGGUUUUUACAGCAGAUUUGGUGAAGAGGAUACGAUAUGCUAUUCGAGUAGCUUUAUCAGCUAGACAUGUACCUGCCUUUAUCCUGGAAACUAAAGAUAUUCCAUAUACUAUUAGUGGAAAGAAGGUGGAAGUGGCAGUGAAGCAGGUUAUCGCUGGCAAAGAUGUGAAGCAGCGGAGUGCCUUCUCAAAUCCAGAUUCUCUUGACCUUUACAAGAACAUUCCUGAACUCCAGAACUUCUGAAUGUUUUAUGUAUUUAUGUGCAAAGUAACUUUUAUUUAACAGAAUAGCAGUGUCACAGGAAAGAUGUUUAUUGCAGUUUUAUGUUUGAUUAUGUUUUUCUAUGCUCUUUUAGUAUAGAAUGUACUUUUAAACCUAAACUGACAAUAGUACAGAUCUAUUGUAGCAGCUUUAUACAAACCUGACUUUUGAAACAUUGACAGGAUGUGGUGUAACACAGAUGUUACUCUCCAUUGGAAUAAAUGGAAUGUCAUUUUAUUUAAGGUGUAAAAUCAGCAUUCCGCCCAAGCAUGCAGAAUUCCAGGGUAUCAUUUCCUGAUUCAGACAGUCACCCAUUCGAUGCAGACAUUUACUUUAGAAACAGACUUUCAUGGAAUGUGAGUAAUCCUUUACAGACAUGAAAUGUAAUAAAGGCCGAUAAAGAAACCAAGAUGCUGUAACUUAUAUUUGAUCUUUUAAAUUAAUUUGAACUUGAUGGAUAAACUUUUUUUAUUGAGCAUCAAAUUAUUAAUAUCAUGAAUAGAAUGUUUUGUUUAACUAUACUGGUGUUAUGUGACCUUUUUAAUGGAAAUAAUUUCGUACUGUAAAGCGCAAUAGACUUGCACUACAUAGUUUUAUGUUGCAUGCCGUUUGUUUCAUUGUGUACGAUCUCUGUAGCACAAUGCAAGGCUGCUUUUAGUUUGCAGGGCUUGGUUUAUCUGGGAGAAAGAUGUUAAUUUAACUCUGCGAUGGUCAUUGGCCUCAGCAAACAAUGUAAAAAUGAAGUAUAGCACAUCAGUAAUGUCCUUGGUUUUGCCUUUUAACAUCGGGAAGUUCAGAAUAUGUUUGAAAAAUGUCUGCUUGUUUGUGUCUCAUUAGAAUAUUUCCUUCUACAAAACAACAGUGGCUCUGUUCGGCUUGAAUUCAGAGUCCCCACAUUGUUAAAGAUGCGCUUACCUUUUGGAAUGCUGUAGGCAGUAGAGCUCGUUUGUAUUGUACAUUUUGUAUUGCUUGUUUGUAUUGGUGCAUGAUCUUCUGAAAUUUGCAAGUCUAUCCAUCUCCCUGGCUACAAUUCCAAUAAUCGAUGUACACAAUGCGUUUUAUAUUAGCUGCACAUGUUUUAAGUAUGAGCCCCUGUAAAUUGUGCGUUCCUUUUGAAAAUAAAAUUUAAUAUUACAA